AUGGACGAAAAAGAUGCGGUAGUCAAUGCACCAACCAAGAAAAGGGAGCUGUCAAAGACGCUUCUUUGGAUAUCAGUUGGUGCCUCCCUCCUAUCUGUGCAGUAUGGUUACAACAUUUGGCUAAUCUACUCCCCUUCUGUGCUCAUAAAAGACUUUUAUAACGUAUCGGUGUUUCCAGUGAAGGUGAAUCCAAACUCUCAGUUAUUCUUGUUGGCUACCUCCAUUGCUUUAUUUCCACUGGGAGGCAUAUUUGGGGCACUUCUGAAUGGCUGCUUGUUGGAUAGAUAUGGCAGGAAAUGUACUUUGAUGCUUGCUAAUAUGUUCUCCAUCGUCUCUGCCAUCCUCAUGGGUUGCACAAAUGUGAUACUUGCAUACGAAUUCAACAUGUUUGCACGCUUGUGGACUGGAAUAUGCUCAGGAAUAAUCUUCAGUGCUGUUCCCAUAUACAUUGGUGAGCUAUCCCCUGCAAGCCUGCGGGGAUGCAUAGUCAUGAUAGGCAGCCUUUUCUUUACCAUCGGCGUCAUGUUGGCUCAGGUCCUCGCUCUUCGGGAAGUCCUUGGGAACAAAAAAGGUUGGUCUAUUCUGAUGUGCGUUGCUGGUAUCAUGCCAUUGUGUCAGGUCUUUCUACUACCCUUCUUUCCUGAAAGUCCUAGAUAUCUAUUCAUUCAGAGGAGGGAUGAAGAGAGUGCAAGACAAGUCUUGCAGAGGUUGAGAGAGAGAGACGAUGUGGACGAUGAGAUUGAAGAGCUCCAUCAGGAAUAUCUUGCUACAAAGGCAGAGAAGCACAUGAAUCUGCCUAGGCUGCUGCGGAAGCGAAGCCUGCGAUGGCAAGUCAUCACUGUGGUCAUCUUGCUGGGAGGUCAGCAGCUCACUGGCAUCAAUGCGGCUUACUAUUAUACAGAGAGAAUCUACGUGUCUACGCAUAUACCAGCAGACAAUGUCCGGUUCCUGAGUAUAGCCUCAAGCGGUGUGCUUUGCCUCUCGGCCAUAUUUGCAAUGUAUCUAAUUGAUUCUGUGGGCCGGAGGGUUCUGCUUCUCUUUGGCUUUGGAAUCUGCUGUGUCCUUUGUAUCCUGUUAACUAUUACCCUGGAAAUACAGGACACCGUCCCAGAGAUGGCAUAUUUCAGCACAAUUUUUGUUCUCAUAUUCCUCUUUGCACAGUGCAUUGGUCCAAAUUCAGUUCCAUCUGUAGUGGUUCUAGAGCUCUUCCUUCAGCCCUCGCGGGCCUCAGCCUACGUGAUAGCAGGAUUUAUGCACUGGAUGAUGACCUUUAUGACAGGAGUGACAUUUCUUCAUUUAGAGAGGUAUAUUGGAUCCUACAUCUUCCUCUUUUUCGUCCCUAUCUGUGUAGCCAUUUUUUGUUAUAUCUUGAGGAUUCUCCCAGAGACCAAGAAGAAGACCUUUGUGGACAUCAAGAGAAUCAUGAUCAUGCAGUCUGCCAGGAAGAUCCAGGUUAAGAGUCCUGGAGGUCACGACCUCCAGGCAGCACAAGAGCACUCUGACUCCCGGGGCUUCCAGCAACUGGAGCAUACUAUGAAGGCAGAGCAUCGCUAUCAUGGCUGUGCUCACAGCUGGCUGCUGGCAUCAGCCCCUGUCAGGUAUGAUGAAGAAAUUGAAGAUAUUGACUGGCUCAAGGCCAUGUGA